CGUAAUGAGUGAGUGAGUGAGUGAGAUUUCUCAAACAAGAUGUAUAAAUCACCCUCAAACACCCGUCAUAAUUAUCGAACACCAUCACUAUCACCAUCGCACAAGUACAAGUACAGCCCUCCCUAGCAAACUUCCGUCGUCUUAAUCAAACCUGCUCUCUUCAUCUCUUGAAUCGAUUACGUAUCCAAUCACGCCAACCAACACAAUCCAAAAUGCGUGCCACAUCCUUCGCUGUCUUAGCCACUGCCGCUGCCACUCUCGCCAGUGCAGCCCCAACCUGCCAGACCCCACAAACCGCUACAGUCGUUGUCGAGACAGCGCACGGUGGCGCAUUCAACGACCGCACCAACGUAACUAUCUCUGUUCCCGUCGGGCCUGUGUACGUCAACGGAGAUGCUUUAGCCGCCGUCUCGACCCUCUACUUGCUCGGCCCAGACACUGUCACCUGCAGCCCUUUCAAGGCCCAGGACGGCACCGUCAACGGCGGCUUACCUUUCACUGUCGGCCAACCCUCGCUACUGUCCACCAACAGUGUCGUCGUCGGUAGUCUUGUUUGCACACCCUUGACACCUGCUUAAGAGUCGCUCAGGUUGCAGUAGAGCUACACACGAUAUGGCCUCUCAAUCAGGCAGAGCACCAGGGCAUAUGAAGGGCUACAGUCUGUAACUAGACUAGUAUCGCUUUACUACUACAUUGAUCCAUCUCGCGGUGGCAUGAGAUAAGAUGUACAAAUUUGAAUAUUCUUUGGGUUAAUAUAAUUCACUAUUUCCUCAGGUUUGGCUAUCAGAAAUAGACCAUGAGGUGAGGGGUAGAAGGGUAAAAGGGGGUUUGGCAAUGUCGUGGAGCAGCUAAAUAGAUAAUAACCUUAAAUAUGACACGUUCGUGUGAGCUCAUAAUUAGACAACAGAAAUAUAAUUGCAUUCAA